UUUUCGGCAAGUCAAAAUUUAUUCUUCUUCCUGAAGAACAUUCGGAUUAUUUAACCUUGUACAAAACAAGUUGAAAAAAAAACAAAUCAAGAGAAAUUAUUAGUUUUUCGAAACAAACAACAAACCGGUUGACCAAAAAUAAAAAUUAAUUAAAUAACAAACGUUUGAAUAUUAAAAUUUGUUCAACAUCCAAAUUUUUGGAAAAAAAGCAGAUUAUUUUUUUUUUUUUUGUUUCUUUGAUGUUAAUAUAAAAUUUUGUGUCAAUGCUCUACGUGUUACACGAUUCUACGUUGAAAUUCGUACCCACCGUCAGAUUAAUCAAUAGCCUCAAUAGCCAAAAAGGAAGUCGCACUGGUAACGCAGGCAACAACCUAGAAUAUCAAGUACUCACAUUGAUGCAAAACGUUCCAUGAAAGUCAACUUGCAGUAGUUCAAUCAAGUCGAAUUAUUAUCAUCUUUACUUAUCAUUAUUAUCUUCAAACAAGCGCACUGAUCUACUUUUACAAUUUUUUUUUUAUAUGCCAAGCAUAGACACGAAUUAAAUUUAUUGUGAUAUUUAUAUUGGGAACGUUCAAAACGAAAGCGGAAUUUUUUUAAAUAAUUAAAAAUCAAAGAAAAACAAAAAGUCAAAAUGGUUCAAGGAAACAACUACAAGAACAACUCACUCAACGCCUUCGAGCGUGACCAACCAUCGAAACGAGCUGGCUUCGAGGCGAUGCAAAAGAUGCACAUGGAACGCAAGAUGGAGUCCAUGAGCCAAAAGGCAAAGACCCCAUCGACUUCGUCGGCUCGUCUUCAUCGAACAACAACAACAAGUAUGGCGCAUGGGGACCCGUCUUCCAAAAUCGACAGAAUUUUAACAGCAUGCAUUUCUGUUAAAUCUAAAAUUUUUUUAACAAAAUAAGAAAAAAGCAUUUAAUUAAUUAUUAGCUUCCUCCACAUUUACAAUGUAGAGAUUUUUUUUGUUAAAAUUAAAAAAGGGCCCUUUUUUUGCUUAAGAUUGAUUAAAAAUUAUGAAAAAAUAAAAAAA